AUUCUCAAUCUAAAACCCUAGAAGCAAAACAAUUGAAAUAGCUGAUAGCCAGAGCCAGAAGUUAGGGUUUUGCCAGUGUCUAGCUGUAGCCAUGGCGCAAGAUAGUAACAAAAGGAAGAAGCCCAAUAUACUGAUAACAGGAACUCCGGGAACCGGCAAAACGACGACAUCGUCCGCUCUGGCGGAGGCGACGCAGCUCCGCCACAUAAAUAUCGGAGAUUUGGUCAAAGAGAAGAACUUGCAUGACGGCUGGGACGAGGAAUUCGAUUGCCACAUCAUCAAUGAAGACCUGGUUUGUGAUGAGCUUGAAGAUAUAAUGGAAGAAGGGGGAAACAUAGUGGACUACCAUGGCUGUGAUUUCUUUCCACAACGGUGGUUUGAUCGUGUAGUGGUGCUUCAAACAGACAAUUCAGUCCUGUAUGAUCGCCUGAACAAAAGGGGAUAUUCACAGAACAAGAUUUCCAACAACAUUGAAUGUGAAAUUUUCCAAGUUCUGUUAGAGGAGGCAAAAGAAAGUUAUGCCGAAGAUAUUGUUGUGGCGUUAAGGAGUGAUUCUAUUGAGGAUAUCAGCAGAAAUGUUGCUACUUUGACAGACUGGGUGAGGGGUUGGCAACCUGCAUCAUAAUCGUAUUGAACCAAUAUAAUACUUUCUUUUCAUGUUCCUUACUUGGGUGAAAGGAGCAGCUUAAGUUAUUAAUUCUUGCUUGAGAAGGUUUUUGACAUAUGUAUUUUGCUUUUCUUGAAAUGUUGGGAAUGUUUUGGAGGCUAAUUCUGGUUUGAACGUGAAUAUACACAUAUGCAAGAUGUACAAGGUAACUAUUAAGCCGUUGAAUAUCUUCUAGCCUUUUUAGCCAAAUUAUAAUUAGCUAUGGCCAAUGGCUUUGUCAUGGAAUGGAUUAUGUAAUUGUGAAGUUACCGAUCUAUUUCAGGCAAUAGUUCUUAUUACUGGAAA